AUGGGAGAUAUUUGGACAUGGCUUAUUUCCUUCUUCUUCCUCAUCGGUCUUGUCGGAAUCAUCGUCUAUCAGCUUGUUUGCUUAGCGGAUCUUGAGUUUGAUUACAUCAACCCUUACGACUCUGCAUCGAGAAUAAACUCUGUAGUUUUACCGGAAUUCGUCGUUCAAGGAAUUCUAUGCUUAUUCUUUCUCGUUACAGGACAUUGGUUCAUGGCACUUUUAUGUCUCCCCUAUCUCUACUACAACUUCCAACUAUACUCGAAACGACAACACUUGAUAGAUGUCACGGAGAUCUUCAAUUUGCUUCACUGGGAAAAGAAGAAACGGCUGAUCAAGCUUGCUUACAUAGUCAUUAACCUCUUUCUCACUAUCUUCUGGAUGAUUUAUUCGGCGCUGGAUGAUUACGAGGACUGA